AUGGAAUUACCUAAUGGCCAUGCUAUUCGCCAAAGACGAAUUGGAAGUGUUCGAGAAAUGGUCCAAGAAGUUGAUGCUUUUGUUAAAGUAACAGAUGAUGUUAAAGAAGAACCAAAAGCCGUUAAUGGAAUUUUAACUGUCCUCAGCUUUACUUUAAUUUUUGUUCUAUUUAUUGGAGAAAUUCACAAUUAUUUUACCAAUGAUGAAGUUGAAUAUCGAUUUUCUGUUGACACUGAUGAAACUAAUCCAAUGUUGGAGAUUGAUAUGAUUGUUGCUUCACCAUGCAAUAAUUUGGCUGUUAUGCCGAUGGGAGUAGAUUCAGUAGAGCCGACAAAAGAUGGAACGCAUAUAAAGAAAACUCCAACAAGGUAUGAAAUGAAUGAAGAAGAGGAAAAAUUGUGGGAAGCAUUAAAACGUGUCCAUCGUGAACAUUUUAAACCAGGAACUCCAUUGAAGGGUCUCGAUCAGGUUAAAUAUGUUGGCAGUCAUAUUGAAGAAGGCUUAGAAAUGGCAGAAGAAGAAAAGGAGCGGUUAGAACGUUUAGAAUUGGAACAACAACGAGCCAAAUUAAAAGAAAAGAAAGGAGGUGAUGAUGAAGGUUUUCAUGAAGAACACAUUAUUAUGAUGAUUGGAACUGGAUUGGGCGUUUUUCAAAUUAUUGCUGCUGGUAGUGAGAGAGGUAUAUUUAUAGUUAAUUUUAUUGUGUCCAGUCUUUGGAAUUAUAAGUAAGAAGGGAACUCGGCUUUCUAGCAU